AUGCUGACCCGGAAUCACCCACAGCGCACUGGGGACUGCCCUAGAUUGGCCGGAAGCGAAGAAAAACGCAGACAAAGUACGGAAAUGGGGCAUCGAGCUGACGGUUCUCAGCAACUCCUGGCCACCUGGAAUAGAGCGAAAGGAAAAGAGCGCGAUGCGCUGCUUUGGGGCGACGAGGUCGAGUAUCUUGUCGUGACGUUUGAUGAUGACUCUCACAAAGUGCGAUUGUCCCUUGCCCAGGUGGAGAUCCUAAAAUCUCUUGCCCGAGAUGAGGCGCUGUGGAAGGCGGGCGGUGAUCUCCCGGGGCUGAAAAUCACACACGACGGCGAAGAUCUGCCUACCUUCCAUCCGGAGUUCGGGAGAUUUAUGUUGGAAGCGACGCCGGGACGGCCCUGGGGCAUUGAUUUUCGGGAUUUGCUGAAAGUGGAGUCCAACAUGCGAUGGAGGUGUGGCUCCUGCAGUUUUCUGACGGUUUAUAUGUCCAGACGAGAACUCGCGAAAAGUCACAUGGCGCCAAAUGAAUAUCCCAUCACCCUCACCACCUUUCCCCGGCUGGGGACCAGGGAUGACUAUAUCUCUCCGUACUACCCUCCGUCCGGACCGGCCUUGCGCUCGCAGUUCGUCCCCGACGAAAUUGCGAAUCCGCAUAUAAGGUUUCCGACAUUGGCAGCCAACAUCAGAGCAAGACGUGGCCGGAAGGUGGAGAUCAACGUUCCCAUUUUCAGGGACAAGAAUACUCCGUGGCCAUUUCACGACCCUACCGUCAACUAUGACCUUCACAACUGGCCCGAGGAUGACGACGUACGAAACGGAGCGGUUAAGGAGGGUCACGUCUACAUGGAUGCGAUGGCAUUUGGAAUGGGCAGCUGUUGUCUCCAGAUCACCUUCCAGGCCAAAAACAUCACAGAAGGGCGACGAUUGUACGAUCAGCUGAGCCCGUUGGGACCGAUCAUGUUGGCGUUGACAGCAGCAACGCCCAUCUACAAGGGAUACUUGGUGGAUACCGAUGUGCGAUGGAACCAGAUCAGUCGAUCCGUCGAUUGCAGGACCCGAGAAGAGCUCGGUGAAGUUGUGCAGCCGCUCAAGAAUGAUCGAUGGCGGAUUCCAAAGUCAAGAUACGCUUCCAAUUCGACCUAUAUUUCGCAGGAUCCUCGGUUACGGAAAGAGUAUCUCGACCCGGACCUGGUCGUGGACGAAGAUAUCAAAAAGCGAUUAAUUGAGGGAGGAAUGGACGACCUGCUAGCAACGCAUUUUGCACACCUCUUUAUUCGUGAUCCGAUCGUUAUCUUCUCGGAGGACUUGAAGGAGCUGAACUUGAAUGAUGUCAAUCAUUUCGAAAACCUGCAGUCUACGAAUUGGCAGCACAUGCGCUUCAAGCCCCCGCCACCGGACAAAGACAUUGGCUGGCGCGUUGAGUUCCGGUCGAUGGAGAUCCAGAUGACCGAUUUUGAAAAUGCUGCUUUCUGCAUCUUCAUCGUCCUCGUCACGCGGGCGAUCCUUAGCUUCGACUUGAACUUCUACAUCCCGAUUCAGAGAACGGCUGAGAAUAUGGAAACUGCACACGCGCGCAACGCAGUUCUGGAGCAAAAGUUCUGGUUCCGCAAGGAUCCAUUCUCUCGCCGUGUUCCCAGACCAGCACAGCCUCAAACCAACGGUAACGAGUCUUCCUCCGCCGGCUCUUCUUCCACGGCCACUAGCCCUCCUUCGUCACCACCACUGGGACCGGUGGAAUCCGAGUACGAGCUCAUGAGCAUCGCCGACAUCAUCAAUGGUUCCUCGGACGGGUCAUUCCCGGGACUGAUCCCCCUGGUGGAAUCCUACCUGAACAGCGUCAACGUGGACGUGGAGACCCGAUGCUCGUUGGCGCGCUAUCUCGAUUUGAUCCGAAAACGCGCCGACGGCACCCUCUGGACGGGCGCACGGUGGAUCCGCGACUUUGUGGCGACUCACCCGGAUUACAAACACGACAGCGUCGUGUCCGAGAGGAUCACCUACGACCUUGUCAAGGCAGCGAAGGAGAUGGCCGAGAAGGAGGGGCGGGAUGGAAGUGACGUGGGAUGGCAGAUGCUGACAGGAAGGAGGGGAUGA